AUACACACACAGAGAAGGAGAGGAGCGGAGAGAAGUAGUAGGAACCCUAGUCCAUGAAACAUCUGAAAACAAGCUCCGUCCCCAAAUUCCCGAACAGAUCACAGAUCUGAGAGUGUGUGGAGCUGCUUCUCGUCGUCUCCAUUUUUUCCGGUAAAUUAUUCACCUUUUUCCCGCGCAUAACGCCACACCUCUCUCUCUGUUUGAACCACCGGAGCUCCGGGCGUAUCCUCGCCGUACGCCGCCGCGUUGAGUUUCAUAUACAUGUCCGAGGUGUGUCCCUAUAGCGUCCCAUUGUCCAAAAAGCUGUCCAUCACCAGGUUCUGUGUGCCCCUGCUUCAUAGGUGAUGGCGGGUCUGAAUUGUUUAAUUUCGAGUACAGGAGAGGCAGAUUUUGAUAGAGGAUAUUAGAGCAGCAUGGCCCAGCAGCAGCCAUCGUCGCGACUCAAUCGUCUGCUCACUUUAUUGGACACUGGGUCCACCCAAGCAACAAGAUUAACAGCAGCCAGACAGAUAGGAGAAAUAGCCAAAUCACAUCCUCAAGACUUGAACUCUUUGUUAAGUAAGGUUUCACAAUAUCUACGAAGCAAAAAGUGGGACACCAGGGUUGCUGCAGCUCAUGCCAUUGGGGCAAUAGCAGAGAAUGUUAAACAUACAUCUCUGGCUGAUGUAUGCGAUUCUAUUGAGAAGAAAUUGGUAGAAGCUGGGAUUUCUGGUCCAGUUGAAGAUUUAGUAGCAUGGUCUAAAUGUAAUCCUAAACUUCCUGGAGGCACUUCUUUUGGAAGUUUUGAUUUGAACAAAGUAUUGGAGUAUGGUGCUCUAUUGGCAUCUGGGGGACAGGAAUAUGAUGUUCCUGCUGACAACAGUAAAAACACAAAGGAGAGAUUGGCUCGACAAAAACAAAACCUGCGACGAAGAUUGGGUCUAGAUGUGUGUGAGCAGUUCAUGGAUGUUAGUGAAAUGAUAAGAGAUGAUGACCUUGUGCUUCAAAGAGUUAAUUCGCCUGUUACUAGCGUUUCUUCUCAAUAUUAUUCACCAAGGCCCCAGGUUAAUCUUCGGCAUUAUGUUUCAAAUAUUGUGCCAAGUGGCAAAAGUCGACGGCCAAGCGCAAGGGAAUUAAAUCUAUUAAAGAGAAAAGCAAAGAUUAGUUUGAAAGACCAGACAAUAGGGUGGACCAAGGAUGGAGAGUUAGAUGCUCCACCCCCACAAGAUAUGACUUCGCCAAGGGGCAUCCAUUCUGAUGCAGUGGUCUCUGCUAAGAUGCUGGAUAGUGUGUCUGAUGAAGAGGGCUCGGAGAGUGAUGGGGAUUGGUGUUGGCCGUUUCAAAGCUUUGUUGAACAGCUCAUGCUUGAUAUGUUUGAUCCUCUGUGGGAGGUUCGUCAUGGAAGUAUCAUGGCAUUGAGAGAGAUAUUAACUCAUCAAGGUGCAAAUGCAGGAGUUGUUGUGCCUGAUAUCACCUGUGAUGUUGGAUUAGAUUCUAUUAUUAAAGAUAAGGUUCUUGAAAAGCAGGAAAGCGGAAUUGAUUUGAAUUUACAAGUUCCACUUCACGAGUCAGGACCAGCUUUCAAGAAGCCUAAGAUUCAAGAUGCAUCACCUGUAGAAAUGGAUGCAAUGUCCUCUCUCAGUAGGUUGAGUAAUAAUAAUAUUCCAGCAAAAGCUGAGAAUACUGUAAUGAAUAUGCCUGUAAAGCAGGAGAAUGGUGAAUGCAGUACUGGUCAUGUUAAGAUAGAAGCUCAAGCUUACCCUAAUUGGGAAAGCUCCGAUGAUACGAUGGAGGGAAAGGGAUCUUUUGAGCACAGUAUAUCAUUGGAAAAGAUUGAUAUGUCAAAAAGCCUUACUGGAAACUGUGAGCUGAUGAACAUGGUGAAAUUGGCAAGACAUUCUUGGCUUAAAAAUUCUGAAUUUCUUCAAGACUGUUCAAUUCGUUUCUUGUGUGUAUUGUCCCUGGACCGUUUUGGAGACUAUGUUUCUGAUCAAGUUGUUGCACCUGUUCGAGAAACAUGUGCUCAAGCAUUAGGUGCCGUGCUUAAGUAUAUGCAUCCUACUUUUGUGUAUGCGACACUAAAUAUCUUGCUACAAAUGCAGAAUAGACCUGAGUGGGAGAUUCGUCAUGGUAGCCUCUUGGGCAUCAAGUAUCUUGUUGCUGUGCGCAAGGAAAUGCUUAAUGAUUUGCUUGGCUAUGUUCUCCCAGCAUGUAAACGUGGGCUUGAGGAUGCGGAUGAUGAUGUUCGAGCAGUGUCAGCAGAUUCUUUAAUACCAACUGCAAGCGCUAUUGUUUCCUUAAAAGGCCAAAUCUUGCAUACUAUUGUUAUGCUACUCUGGGAUAUUUUACUUGACCUUGAUGAUCUGAGCCCAUCUACUAGCAGUGUUAUGAACUUAUUGGCGGAAAUUUACUCUCAAGAACGGAUGAUUUCAAAGACGUACGAGAACCUGCCAUCACUUCGGAACCAAGAAAUCAAUCUCAAUGAAAGUGGUUACAAAGAUUAUAUUAGUGAAGGGACUAGCUCUUUAGAGAACCCUCAUAUGAUGUCAAUUCUGGCACCAAGAUUAUGGCCAUUCAUGAGACAUAGUAUCACGUCUGUCCGCUAUGCAGCCAUUCGUACUCUGGAGCGUUUGCUGGAAGCUGGGUUCAAGAGGAGCUUAUCUGAAGUGUCUAGUUCCUUCUGGCCCUCAGUUAUUCUUGGUGAUACCCUUCGAAUUGUUUUUCAGAAUUUAUUGCUUGAAUCAAAUGAAGAGGUUGUGCAGUGCUCAAAGAGAGUCUGGGGGCUUCUUCUCCAGUGCACAGUGGAUGACUUAACAGUUGCUGUGAAGGCAUACUUUUCCUCUUGGAUAGAGUUAUCAAGUACUCCUUUUGGUUCACCAUUGGAUACUACAAAAAUGUUUUGGCCUGUGGCCCUUCCUCGCAAAAGUCACUUCAAGGCAGCUGCUAAGAUGAGAGCUGUGAAGCCAGAAUGUGACCCCUAUAAUAACAUUUGCUUUAGUUCAGUAGAUUCUACUAGUCUUCAGGAUAAAAAUGGCAAUACCUCCACUCACAUUGGAAAGAUAGUUGUUGGCGGCGAUGCAGACUUGUCAGUUACCCAAACACGAGUUGUCACUGCCACAGCAUUAGGAAUUUUAGCUUCUAAAUUGGAUGAUGCUGCUCUUCAAUAUGUUGUAGACCCAUUAUGGAAGGGACUUGCCUCUUUUUCUGGAGUUCAAAGACAGGUAGCUUCAAUGGUGCUCAUUUCAUGGUUCAAGGAGUUGAAAUUAAAGGACAAAUUGAAGUCUGAGGGGGUUAUUGCCUGCAUUUCCAUUAAUUUUGGGGAAAGGUUGUUAGAUUUGUUAUCUUGCACGAAUCCCGCAUUCCCAUCUAAAGAUUCAGCUCUUCCAUAUGCCGAACUUUCUAGGACAUACGAGAAAAUGCGCAAUGAGGCUCGUCAGUUGUACCAUGGUACUGAGGCAUCUGGCAUGUUUACAGAUGUAUUGUCAUCCACUAAUCUUGAACUGGAAAGUUUGAGUGUAGAUGAUGCUGUGAGUUUUGCAUCUAAACUUUCCUUUUUGAACAAUAUAAUCACCGGGGAAGAGUCUACCAGACAGAACAUCUUUGAUGAAUUAGAAUCAUUGAAGCAAAGAGUUUUGACAACUGGUGGAUAUUUGAAGUGUGUUCAGAACAAUUUGCAUGUCACUGUCUCAGCUUUGCUUGCUGCUGCUGUUGUUUGGAUGUCUAACCUUCCAGCAAAACUCAACCCAGUUAUUUUGCCUUUAAUGGCAUCUCUGAGGAGAGAACAGGAGGAAAUACUACAAGGUACAGCAGCGGAGGCUUUGGCAGAGCUCAUAUAUUGUUGCAUGUCCCGUAAACCUGGACCAAAUGAUAAGUUAAUCAGGAAUCUCUGUAGUUUGACAUGCAUGGAUCCUUGUGAGACUCCUCAAGCUGCAGUCUUGAAUUCUAUUGAAAAAAUUGAAGAACAAGGACUUCUCUCCUUCAGAUGCAGUAGUAGUACCAGGCAGAAAUCAAAAGUUCAUAUGCUUUCCCCAGGUGAUGAUCGAUCAAUGGUUGAGGGAUUCAUUAGCAGACGUGGAGCUGAGCUUGCCCUGAAAUGUUUGUGUGAGAAAUUUGGUAUAUCUUUGUUUGACAGGCUUCCUAAGCUAUGGGAUUGCCUGGUAGAAGUCUUAAAGCCUGGAAAUAUUGAAGGGUUGACCCCAGCUAAUGAGAAACUUAUAUCUGAAUCUAUCGAUUCUGCUAAUGAUCCUCAGAUUUUGAUUAAUAAUAUUCAGGUAGUCCGUUCCAUUGCUCCUUUGUUGGAUGUGGCAUUGAGGUCUAAACUUCUCGUGCUUCUUCCAUGCAUCUUUAGGUGUGUUUGCCAUCCUCAUGUGGCUGUGAGAUUGGCUGCGUCUAGGUGUAUCACAACAAUGGCCAAAUCUAUGGCAGUAACUGUGAUGAUUGAAGUCGUCGAAAAUGUGAUUCCUAUGUUGGGAGAUAUGACAUCUGUUCAUUCUAGACAAGGCGCUGGCAUGCUUGUCAGCUUACUAGUUCAGGGGCUUGGCAUGGAUUUGGUUCCUUAUGCUCCGCUUUUAGUAGUUCCUUUAUUGAGAUGCAUGAGUGAUUCUGAUCAAUCAGUUAGGCAAAGUGUAACACAUAGUUUUGCGACACUGGUACCUCUGCUUCCAUUAGCCCGUGGUAUUUGUACCCCUGAGGGGCUCAAUGAUCGUUUAUCCCGCAAUCAAGAUGAUGUAAAAUUCCUGGAGCAACUUGUUGACAGCUCACACAUUGAUGAUUACAAGCUCUUUACCGACUUAAAAGUGACUCUCAGAAGGUAUCAACAGGAAGGUAUUAACUGGCUAGCAUUUUUGAAGAGAUUCAAUCUUCAUGGCAUCUUAUGUGAUGACAUGGGCCUUGGCAAAACCCUUCAGGCUUCAGCAAUUGUGGCAUCUGAUAUUGCAGAGCAUGUUGCUGAAAAAUCUGCUGCGAAUCUCCCACCUUCUCUUAUAAUAUGUCCAUCGACCCUUGUUGGUCACUGGGAGUAUGAGAUAGAGAAGUUCAUUGAUGCUUCUCUAGUUACUACCCUUCAGUAUGUUGGUUCUGCUCAAGAACGCUCAUCUCUUCAUUCUCAGUUUAAUAGAUAUAAUGUUAUUAUUACAUCAUAUGAUGUUGUCCGCAAAGAUGUUGACUCUCUUGGCCAGCACUUCUGGAACUAUUGUAUUCUAGAUGAGGGGCACAUCAUAAAGAAUUCAAAGUCAAAAGUCACUCUUGCUGUAAAACAGCUGAAAGCUCAGCACCGUCUCAUAUUGAGUGGAACUCCAAUUCAGAACAAUGUAUUGGAUUUGUGGUCACUUUUUGAUUUCCUCAUGCCAGGAUUUCUGGGAACAGAGAGACAAUUCCACAGUUCCUAUGGAAAACCUUUGCUAGCUGCAAGGGAUCCCAAAUGUUCAGCCAAGGAUGCUGAAGGAGGAGUGCUUGCAAUGGAAGCAUUGCACAAGCAAGUGAUGCCUUUCCUUCUUCGCCGGACAAAAGAAGAAGUGUUGUCUGAUUUACCCGAGAAAAUCAUCCAAGAUAGAUACUGUGACUUGAGUCCUGUUCAACUAAAACUGUAUGAAAAGUUUUCCGGUUCUCAUGUUAAGCAGGAAAUUUCCAGCAUGGUGAAGGUCAAUGAAUCCGACACAGGACAAGGGAGUGAUGUACCUAAAGCAUCUUCUCAUGUUUUCCAGGCACUCCAGUAUUUGCUUAAACUUUGUAGCCAUCCGCUGUUAGUGGUUGGUGAAAAAAUUUCUGAGCCUAUCUCACAUGCCCUAUCGGAGUGUCUUCCUAAUGGCUCUAACACAGUCUCUGAACUCCAUAAACUCCACCACUCUCCUAAACUGGUUGCCCUCCAGGAGAUUCUUGAAGAGUGUGGAAUUGGGAUUGAUGCUUCUGAAGGGCCUAUCAAUGUUGGGCAGCAUAGAGUACUAAUAUUUGCUCAGCAUAAAGCUUUUCUUGACAUCAUCGAGAAGGACUUAUUUCAUGCCCAGAUGAAGAAUGUCACAUAUUUGAGGUUGGAUGGAUCCGUUGAGCCAGACAAGCGCUUUGAAAUUGUGAAAACCUUCAAUUCAGACCCGACUAUUGAUGUCUUACUUCUUACAACACAUGUUGGUGGUCUUGGUCUGAACCUGACAUCAGCUGAUACUCUCGUGUUUAUGGAGCAUGACUGGAAUCCAAUGCGGGAUCAUCAGGCAAUGGAUAGAGCGCACAGGUUGGGCCAGAAAAAAGUGGUCCAUGUCCAUCGCCUAAUAAUGAGAGGAACCUUGGAAGAGAAAGUGAUGAGUCUCCAGAGGUUCAAAGUGUCGGUUGCUAACGCGGUGAUUAACGCAGAUAAUUCAAGCUUGAAAACAAUGAAUACAGACCAGCUGCUUGAUCUAUUCACACCGGCAGAUGGCAAAAAGGCUCCAAAUGUGUUAGAGAGAAGUGACAAAUUUGAAGGAGAACCAAAAGUAUCCCGUGGCGGAAAGGGGUUAAAAGCUAUUCUUGGAGGAUUGGAAGAUCUCUGGGAUCAAUCACAGUACACUGAAGAGUAUAAUCUGAGCCACUUUUUAGCCAAGCUAAAUGGUUGAUUCCUAAUAUAGCAUGCUCUGCAUUUUUGCUUUUCUGUCAUGGCUGUAUGCUAGAGCUAAGAAGCAACCACGAAAUCUGAAUUGGAUGGAGGCAGUACUGCCCAGUAGUCCCCACACAGUAUUCGUCAAAUUCAGAGAUAACCGGUGAUUUGACCUUCAUGCCCUUGUACAAAGUGUAUAUUCCCCCCAAUUUUUUUCGAGAUUAGUGAUAGUCUCUCCUUUGUUUCUUCUCCAACAUGAAAUCAAAAUUUUUGAGGCUGCUAACUUAGAGAUGUCCCAUUAUUCUGAGAGGGCACUUGUGCUUCGUAGUUGGAGAAGGCAGGUACUUGUUGGGUUAGGGGAGGAAAUUUUGUAAAUUUUGAAUUAUUGUAUAUACAUUGAGGAUUAUUUA